AUGUCACGCAUUGCGAGACCCGUCCACCUUUCUGGAGGUGACAGCACCAUUCAAGAUCCAACCAUUCUACGCACAACGAGAUUGAGCAACACUCCAUUGUAUAAAAAGCAAUCCAGGUUUUCAGGCUCGUCGUCCUCCUCGUCGACUCAUUCCUUGGACGAUACAACAGGUCCACUUGCAGCUGACGCGCCCAAAUUACAACGACGAUCCUUGAAGAAUUCUACGACUAAUGGAGGAGGAGGAGGAGGGUCGAGGUUGAUAAAGAAACCAGCAGCAGCAGCAGCAGGAGUAGCAUCAACAACAACAACCACUGUACGAUCAUCCGUAUCUUCAACAGAAGAGUUAUCAGAACCUGAAUCACUUUCAUUUACCGCGAACACCACACCACGCACUUCAUGGAAUCGAUCAUCACCCGUGAAAGAGCAGCAACAACAGCAACAGCAACAACAAGAUGGUACACUUGCUGUGGGAAGUAGAGUAUCUGUACCAAGUUUGGGUGUUCAAGGCACAUUGCGAUUUCUUGGACCGACUAGUUUCAAGGCUGGCACAUGGGCAGGCAUUGAAUUGGAUGUAGUAGGAGGUGGCAAAAAUGAUGGUUGUGUGCAAGGGAUACGAUAUUUCUCAUGCCCUCCUCAAACGGGCUUAUUCAUUCUCGACUCCAAGGUGUCAGCUGUUAUUGAUCCAUCACCAUCGCAACAGAAUGAUCCAUCACCUGCUGACAAGGCAACCACCACCGCCCCAUCCAAAAUCUUGCGUACGAGCAAGCAACCUAUAAUGCCUGAACGCACUCGUUCUUCAAUGUAUACCCGACGAUCAAAAUCAUCAGCAUCUCCUUCACCACUCAAGCUCUCUGCAAGCAAGACUUUAUCCACUCGAUCCUCAGCAACAGAGAAACGUCCUUCUCGUUUCUCUUUGGGUGCAUCAUCCAAAAACACUGAGCCGGUGCCACCUUUACCCAAGAGCAACUCGAUUCAGUUCACAUCACCAUCAUCAGAUAUCACCGACAACAAAUCCUCUACACCCGAUAUCCCUGAUAUUUUGCCAGCAGCAGCAGUUCCAGAAUCAAUAUCCACCACCACAGCCCCUACUACUACUACUACGACUGAGAACAAAGAGCAAGACAAGAAUAUCGUAUCAAGAGAAGAGCUAUAUCAGAUUUAUGAUCUUUUGGAAAAGACACGAGAAGAGAAGGAAAAGCUGAUGGCUGAGAUGAACAAUAAGGAAUCGGCAUGGGAGCGAUUAGUAUCCACCAAAGAAAGCUAUGCUCUUCAGGUCCAAGAAAAGGAGGAAGCGAUGACACGCUUAAGGCAUCAAUUGGAUGAGACACGUGAACAAUGCACACAACUAGAACAGCAGCUUCGGGACAAGGAUGCCAUGAUUGCACAGAAUGUAAAGGAUGAUGCAGUGCAUGAACAAUACCAAAAGAGGAUUGAAAAGCUCGAAGGAUUGGUGGAGGAAUUAAGCAACAAAUCAUCCGACACAGCUGAAGCCCACAAAGCGGAAUUGGAGCAAUAUGCAACAAAGAUGGAUCAAAUGCAACAUGCUCUUUCAGAUCAAGAAACAAUGACAGCCACGCUUGAAAAGGAAUGUGAAGAACUUCGAAGAGCAGGUCUUGAAGCAAUCCAUGCCUAUGAGACUUCAGUACAAGAGCUCAAGAAACAAAAGGAUGAUCUCUCAGAGGAAAAGGAGGCCGAGAUUGGUAACCUGAACCGUGUCAUUGAAGAUUUGCGACAACGAAGCAUUGCCAUGGGCGUAUUAGAUGUGGAUGAGGAACUUGGUUAUCGGGAUACCUAUGCGGAUGAGUGGCAUGAUCAACGACAACGCUUGGAAGAACAACUCGAGUUGGCCAUGACCGAAUUGGAGCAGGAACGACUCACUGUACAAUCCCUCACGGUGGAAGUGGACAGGUUACAAAAAGAGCUUCAGCGACUGCAUAUGGAUAGUAGCGCCUCCGAUGAUCGAUACCAGAGCUUACAACAGGAGCUUGAACAAGAAGUCAAAGACAAACGACGCUUGAUGGAAGAGGCGGAUGCUGCAUUUGAAGCACAAGCACGUGCUGAAGAUGAAAAUUAUCAAAUGAAGAUGGCGCGUGUCAAGAUGGAACGUGAAUUGGCUGAAGCACAUGAGACUAUCAAGCAGCUCAAGGAAGGCAAAGGUGGUGGUGUUGAUGAUGCUGCUGAUGAGGAGGAGAGGAGGAGUCAUCAUGGUGGUGCAAGCAGCGACAACAACAGUGAGCUGCAUCAGCGAUUACAAGAGACCGAGAAUGCAAAAAUGGCUCUGGAGAAAGAAUGUCAACAACUUCGACAUGCCAACAAGGAUAUGGAGCAAGAAUGUAUACGACUUAUGGAUGAAAUGCUUGCCCUUGAGAAACCGGAUGAUAAAGAGAUGGAUCAUGGUGAUGGUGGUGAGAAUACCCCUGCUCUCAAGGCUAGGAUUGCUCAAUUGGAACGUGAGCUGCUUGAUGAACGACGGCGACUUGAUGACUUGGAGUUGGCAAAGCACACUGAAAUCAAUCAUUUGAACAAGGAACUUGCCGAGCUUGAAACCUUAGUGGAAAGUCGUGUCUUUGGUGAAGCUGAUAUGGAACAAGCAUUGGAUGCCGAGCGGAGGCGGACACGAGAAUUGGAAAAGGAGCUUCGAUCACUCAAGGAUUCGCCAACGCACAGCCAUGGUAAAACCGAUUUAUAUUGCGAGCUUUGUGAGGAACAUGGUCAUGAUGUGAUCAGCUGUACUGCCUUGGCUGCAAGUGAUUCAAACAAAAAGCGCAUUGUGUAUUGUGAAAACUGUGAACAGCAUAACACGCAUUCAACAGAGGAUUGUCCAAACCAAGAUGAAGUAUUUUAG